GGCCCAAAAUUGGCUGGGGCUGUGCUUGUUUCUCAAAAUGGUUUAGGAAUGCAAAAGGUUGAUGCGGAUAUUUCCUCCCUUCUCCGGGUCAAUGUUGGAUUGCAUUCACCUUUCCUCUACUGUAAAAAUGCUGUGUUUCAACUGCGUUGCAGAUCAGUAGAGUUCUGGAUCUCCAUGAGAUGCUUUGGCUUUUUUGCCCAGUAGACAUAUGCUGCGACAAUAUUUUGCUCACCAUGACAGAUCUUUUUUGCCUUUUGUUUUUGUCUGAGGCAAGGAAGAAUGUGCCAAGGUGCUAAUCUGAGGCAUUAUUUCUCACUUGACGUACAACAUAAUUUAGUGAAUUAUCUCUCCAAGUUUCAGAUAAUUUGACUGCUGCAACAUCUCACUCAUUUAGCUAGUUUUUCUGGCCGCCAUGCAAUGGGUAGAGGCUUAGAGCUCUUCCAAUUAGUUACACAUUUAUCUUAGAAGGUAAUGAUCCAAUCCAAGGUUUUGGUGCCUGCUGAGCCAAAUUCUGUUGUGUUUUUGUUGUAAGUUGCUGAGGAUCUAAAUCAAUUAGUCCGUUCUGAAUGUUGACAGCUUGACAAUACAAACAAAACCGUAUGAUGUCGCUUUGAAUGGUAGCUUUGAAAAGAAUUAGUUGUCUGUUUGACUGGUAGCUUUCAUAUGAAAGGUUGUGCAUGACACAAAGCAUUGAUGAAAACCAUGGACCUCAACGCUUCGACGGCUCUGGAAACUCUUGCUUGGAGUCUCUUUCGGUGGUGGAGGGGGCAGCUGCGGCACCCUUACUGUAGAUAUCUAGACAUGGGACCGGGGGGACCUGGUGGGCCUGGUUGGGGUCCUGGCCCUGGGGGACCUGGUUUUGGGCCUAGACCUGGUGGCUUCUUUGGUGGGUUUGCUAAUGGUUUAUGCAGCAUGAUAUCUUCGUGUUUCUACUGCCUAUGCUGUUGUUGGUUAUUACAAGAUUGCUUUGGUGGACCCCGUGGAUCAUAUGGCCCUCCCAGUGGGCCUCCACCUUUCUGAUUCGUUUAUUUUACUUACUGUACUGCCUUGGUCUAUGUUUUGGUGGAGUCAUAUAAUGAUGUUAGGUGGUAUGUCCAUGACAUAGAUAUUGAAAUGCCUAGUGCUUUCAUUAUUUCUUGUUUCUUUUCUGCUCUGUUACAUGUUUUAGUCUGGAUGAGUAAAAAGGAAAAUGAAGAUGCUUUUAAGAGAUGUAUGUGGAAUGGUUCUGACCUGAUUUUUGAUCA